AUGGACAACUCUCAAGUCAUACCAGAACAGUCUCAAUCAAGCAGCCCAGAAGAAUCAGUUUCUAAUUCCGACAAGCCUUAUCACUCAAAACGACCUCACAAGAAGUCGCGUGCAGGAUGUCGCAAUUGUAAAACCCGUAAGGUCAAAUGCGAUGAGGCCCGUCCUGUGUGUAAAUCUUGCAGACUACGCAAGGCUGAUUGCGUAUACAAUACCACUACAACCUCAGGAAAUGACAAAGUUAUCAACAAUUCACGUCGCUCUUCUGCAGAAUCAUCACCCGCUCAACAGAAAUCACCUACACCUGAUGCCGAGUCCAUUAGCGAGGGGAUCCUCGAGGAGGUUAACACCCUGACGGUACAGCCGCUCUUCCGUCCUCGUCCCAUGGACAGGACGGACAUGAAGCUACUUUGGUUCUACACCAGCACAACAGCCACGUCUUUCUCUGUUGACGAGGGACCGCUUAAUCCCAUAAACGAUGUAUUGAGGAACCGCCUAGUACAGGUCGCUUUCGAGAACCCGUUCCUCAUGGAUUCGUUGUUCGGUCUGGCAAGCCUUCACAUGCAAAGCCUCGACUUGAAGCCUGAUGCCGCCCGCGCAUUGGCAUAUCGUGCCCGCUCAUUCGAAGGAUACCGUGUGGCCGUGGAACAAGCCCGCCCGGAGACAUUUCCGGCUCUGCUCGCGAAUUCCCUACUUCUCACUGCUCUCGCAUCUCAAAAUUUCCGGGAUAAAGAUGCCAAAAAGCUUUACAUAAUAGACUGGAUGAUCGUAUGGCGAGGCAUCGGCCUGGUCAUCGACCUGAUGGGUGUUGAAAGGCUUAUUGAUUCGGGGCUCUACCCUCUGUUCAACCGACCUGCUAUUGAUAUUGAGCAAGCCGCAAAUCACAUCCCCGCUGUUCUUCUCUUGAUGAUCAACUCCAUCGAGCCCAGUGACCCGGAGUUUCUCGAUUACGAAACUUACUAUGAGACGCUUCAAUUCUUGGGCUCCUUGUACCAAAACUUACAUGAUGGCUUCGGACCUAUUAUGAUGUUGCGAAUCAUUACAUGGUUCACUUUCGUCCCGAAGAAUUUCGUGCAAUUCGUACGUGACUUACGCCCUCGCGCACUCAUAAUUUUGGCCUACUACGCCACCUUUCUCAAGCUCCCAAUGGACGUCUGGUGGAUGGAGAAUAUCGGAAACCGAUCCCUACAAGACCUUUGCGAGUACAUUGGUCCAGAAUGGCAGCAAUACCUUCUCGUCCCGCAUAUGGCACGUUUAGUUGAAAAGCCGGCUGAGGUAGCUAGGGUAUUGUUCGAAGAUCCCAACUGGCAGCCCAGGGCGCCAAACAAUCUUCGAUUGGAUCCCACGGCGGCUGUCACACUGGUUGAUGAGACAGGUAGACGUAUCGAAUGGAUACCCGCUGAGAAAAGGCUUGUGCUUAUGGAUGAAAGAGAGCAGAUCACAUCCAAAACCAAGGCUGCAGAGAAAUGGAGGAGAGAAAUGAACUCCAAUUUCCCAUUUGAGCAAUAG